AUGGCGACGCGUAGGUCUACGCGGUCCAGAACCUCCUCUGCGGCUUCUCCUUCUACCAAAACUUAUGGUAAAAUUUCCCUAAAAUCGAAGCCUGUGAAAACGAGAAAAUCUGGGCUGAAGGCCAAAGCCGCUGCGAAAAAAAGGGCGGCGAAAAUCGACGCCAUUAAACCUAAAAAGCCCCCGACUGCAUUCUUCUACUUUAUGGAGGAUUUUCGUAAGGAGUUCAAGGAGAAAAAUCCAGAUAUUAAGUCGAUGUGCGAUAUCGGUAAAGCAUGUGGAGAGAAGUGGAAAACAAUGACUUAUGAGGAAAAGGUGCAAUACUAUGAUAUUGCCACAGAAAAACGAGCUGAAUUCGAUCUUGCUAUGGCAAACUUCAUCAAAAGAAAGGAAUGUGAUGAGUUUGAUGUUGAUGACUCAGACUCUGAAGGAUAG